AUACGCACCGUGGAAAAUCUGUGAUAAGCGCGAUCCCAACUUGGCCGGCGUCCCUCGUCCCCCGCCUCAUCUGCUUGCCAGCUCUAAAAAGCUGCUGCCAGCAAACUGCCAGUCCUUCGCGCAACAUCAGCAGUUGCAGGCGUACACUUGAGCGGAGCACGUUGACAAUGUCGGACGAAAAUUUGGAAGCACUCGAGAGCGUGUACAGGAGCGUGGAAAACUUUACCAACGACUUCCACGAGAAUGUCGCCGGUAAGGAAAAGGGCAACUUCGUUAGUUCGGCCUUGAGCGCGCACGUAGUGCUGUCGAUGGCCGCUUACGGCGCUCGCGGCACUACCGCCGAGGGAAUGAAGAAGGCUUUGCACCUGCCCGCCAAAGAUACCGAUGCUUAUCAAGGAUUCCAGAAUUUUAUCGAUACCUUUAAUAAUGUCCAACAGGUUAUCUUGAAAUUGGCAAAUAAAAUUUACACUAACAGUGUAAUACCCGUUAAAGAUGAAUAUCUUAAACUUACCGAAACGUAUUUCCGUUCACAAAGCGAAUCUAUAGAUGUUUCGAAACCAGUGGAAGCUGCCAAAAUUAUCAACCAGUGGUGCGUAGAAAAAACAAAUGGCAAAAUCACUGAAAUCCUUGAAGCAGGUGAUAUUACUCCGGUCCUGGCACUGGUACUGUUGAAUGCAGUCUAUUUUAAGGGUAAUUGGAAACACAAGUUCGACGAAAAACAUACAGAAAAUAAGCCGUUCCACGUUGAUAAAAAUACGGUUAUUGAAGUUCCAACUAUGCACAUCAAGAAAAAAUAUUACUACAAAACUGUUGAUGAACUCAACGCCCAAUGUGUAAAGCUUCCGUACGAGAAUGAAGAUCUGGAAAUGGAGAUUAUAGUACCCAAUGAAGUUGAUGGUUUAGCUUUUAUAGAGAAGAAUUUGGGAAAGUUGAAAAACAGUGGGAAUAAUGGAUAUUAUAAACACGAAAUUGAUCUUGCCUUACCAAAGUUUAAAAUUAAGACAACACUAAAUUUGGAGAGUCAUCUCAAGGAGUUGGGUAUGGACGAGAUGUUUACCACUAUGGCUAAUUUUGGGUUUAUCUCCGACAGGUCUUUAUCAGUUAGUAAAGUUAUUCAGAAAACUUUCAUUGAAGUUAACGAAGAAGGUUGCGAAGCCGCUGCAGUAACUGGUAUGAGGUUAAUGAAACGUUCCUUGGCUCCGCCACCAAUUACACUGCAGGUGGAUAGACCUUUCCAUUAUCGAAUAGUGAAUAAAGGAAAUAUUUUCUUCUCAGGACGCGUUGCUAAUCCUUCAGUUAAUCAAUGAAUACAAAGUUCACAACCGAUCGUGCCUUUUCACACUCCAUUGCUUCUUCAUCUUCUCAUCGCUUUUUGUACUUGUGCAAAUAUUGUUAUAGAUCUGCAAAUGUUUUAAAUAUUGGUCUAUUUUUAUCUACAUAUAUGCUAGUUUUGAUAUUAUCUUUUGAUUAAUAUAAGAAUAAAUGUUUUUAUUAUAUUAAUCUUUAAUAUAAAGUGUUUAUUUUUCCAUUUUUACAUUUCUACAUUGUCGUUAAUAUCGUCAGACUUAAUCUAAACUUGGGAAGAUACAAUCGAAAAACAAAAUCAUAAAUCUUAGGAUUAACGACUUUUAAUUAAUUCGACAAUUUUGUUUUCAACAAUAACAAUACAGUACGCGCGUGCUAUAAGAAUUGAAAAACUACUGUAGAGAUUUUUGAUACUUUACAAGAACAAUGUAAUUUGUUAUAAACAUGUCUUUAAUCCUAAUAAGAUUUAAAUUCAGUUCCUUUUUUAUAUCAAAUAUUUAUAGUUUCAAUUUUCUAUUGUUAAUCAUAUAUCACAAUAUUAACGUUUUAUCGCUUUCUGCUUGUACGGCAAUACCCUCAAUGUAACGUGAAAUUAAGAUAAAAUGAUAUUAAAUUUUUCGUAUUUAUUUGUAUAUUUUCUUUUAACUUGAAUGACAAUAAUUCGGAAAAAAAUAAAUUACUUUUUU